AUGAACCACACUGAAGAACAAACAGACCUGAAGAAGAAAACUCACUCAAAAACUGUAAGCAUCUCUUUUCUGAAAGGAAGAGAGAAGAACAGUUUCACCUGCACUCAGUGUGGAAAUACUUUGAUAUGUGGGAGGAGUAUUAAGAGACACAUGAUGAUUCACACUGGAGAGAAACCGUUCACAUGUGAUCAGUGCGGGAAGACAUUCAGACAAUCAGCACAUCUUAAUAGACAUAUGAUCAUCCACACUGGAGAGAUACCAUUCACUUGUGAUCAGUGCGGGAAGAGUUUUAAAAAAUCAUCACACCUUAAGAAACACAUGAACGUCCACACUGGAGAGAAACUGCACAAAUGUGAUCAAUGCAGCAAAACAUUUUCGUGGGCUUCAUCUCUGAAGAAUCACCUGAUAGCUCAUUCAAAGGAGAAACCACAUUCAUGUUCAUUAUGUGGAAAGAGUUUUUCACUGCUGAAAUGGUUAAAAGAGCAUCCGAAGAUACACACUGGUGUGAGAGAUCAUGUGUGCUUUGAUUGUGGGAAGAGUUUUAUUAGAUCUGCACAUUUGAAAGAGCACCAGAGGAUCCACACUGGAGCGAAACCUUACAAGUGUUCACACUGCGACAAGAGAUUCAGUUAUUCAUCACAACUGAAAUCACACGAGAGGAUUCACACUGGAAGGAUUCACAGAGAGAAACCUUACAAGUGUUCACAAUGCGAUAAGGGAUUUAAUCAGUCUGAACAUCUAAAAGCACAUGAGAGGAUCCACACUGCAGAGAAACCUUACAAGUGUUCACACUGUGACGAGAGAUUCCUUCACUCAGCACAACUGAAAUCACAUGAGAGGAUCCACACUGGAGAGAAAGGGUAUCAAUCACAAUAUGCAGAUCAUCUUCAGAUGCCGCAUCCUCACUAAACCUGACACAUUAAUGCAUUGAGCGAUAAAAUAUCUUCUGUAUAAAUCAGUCCU